UCGAUAUGUGAAUCUGCCCCUUUGAUAUUUCUUUUAGCGGUUGGCACAUCGCACAGCAUCAGAACGGGGAUUCUGUGCUCAGAGCCCUGAAAUCGCCUUGAGAGAGUUCAACUCGAUGGAAAGCUUCAAAUCUAGAAUUAACAUCCUCUACGGGGAGGAAUUUCACCUAUCUGUUCGAGUUUUUAACAGACAAUGAGACAAGAAGUCACAGCUUCUCGAGACGCUGGCCUUCCUCAAGAGAUGCCGUGAUAACAAGCCGUGGCUGGGCGUGCUCCUGCCUCGAGACCUUUUCAGAGAGAGGGAAGGACGCGACGCCUGAAGGCCCCCCCCCCCGCCCUCUCCACCCCAGCGUCGACAACAAGACGAUAGAAUCUCCGGGCGCGGCACUGCGACUCACACGAUGGAGCGCAUCGACCCCUCUUGCCCAGCCAACGUCACGGCAUACCCCACCGCCUCCCCUUCCUCCCCCUCCUCCUCCUGCCGCUCUUCUCCCAACGUCUCCGGCAACGACACGGAGGCUGGGCAGGAGGACGUCUCCUCCUCCUUCUCUUCCUCCGCGAGCGCCGUGCUGCUGCCGCUCGUCUACUUCGCGGUGUGCGCCGUGGGCCUCGCGGGCAACACCCUCGUCGUCUACGUGGUGCUGCGCUACGCCAAGAUGAAGACAGUCACCAACGUGUACAUCCUCAACCUGGCCAUCGCCGACGAGCUCUUCAUGUUCGGCCUGCCCUUCCUCGCCAUCCAGAACGCGCUCUCCUACUGGCCCUUCGGCUCGCUCGCGUGCCGAAUCGUCAUGGCGCUGGAUGGCGUCAACCAGUUCACGGGCAUCUUCUGCCUCACGGCGAUGAGCGUCGACCGCUACGUGGCCGUCGUUCACCCGGCGCGCGCCCCCCGCUGGAGGAGGCCCCUCGUCGCCAAGACGGUGAACGCCGCCGUCUGGGGCCUCUCCAUCCUCGUCGCGCUGCCGCUCGUCGUCUUCUCGUACACGAGCCACGCGGGCGACACGUGCAACGUGAACUGGCCCGAGCCGGCGGCCACGUGGUCCACGGCGUUCAUCGUCUACACGACGGCGCUGGGUUUCUUCGGGCCGCUCACCGUCAUCUGCCUCUGCUACCUCCUCAUCGUCGUGCGCGUCAAGUCGUCGGGGGCGCGCGUCGGGGCGGCCAAGCGGCGCACUUCGGAGCGUCGCGUGACGCUCAUGGUGGUGGUCGUCGUGGCGGUGUUCGUCUUCUGCUGGCUGCCAUUUUACGCGCUCAACAUCGCCAAUCUGGUGGUGGCGCUGCCCGAGGAGCCGGCGCUCGUCAAGAUCUACUCGACCGUGGUGGUGCUGUCGUACGCCAACAGCUGCGCCAAUCCCAUCCUCUACGCCUUCCUCUCGGACAACUUCAAGAAGAGCUUCCAGAAGGCGCUGCGUCUGCGCAAGAGCACGAGGCUGGCGCGCGCCGCCGAGGGGCAGAGCGAGAGGCGAUCGGCCACCACGGUCCGCUUCGAGGAGGGGCGGCCGGUCGCGCAGGGCGAGCGGAACGGUGGUGGUGGCGGCGGUGGCACCGAGGCGGCCGUGUGAGGCUCGCGGCGCGGGGAGAGCGAGCGGACGAAAAAGACCUCGGCAGCUUUGGAUUUCGUCGUUUGGCUAAUGGGCUUUUCGUUGUCGUCGUGGUUGUUGUUGUUGAUUCUCGAAGCCGAACUUUUUGAGGUUGAGUCGGUGGGGGGGUGGGGGGGAGGUCCCCUCUCGCGGAGCGCGAACCGGUAGGAGAGGUAGAUAGAGAGGACGGGCGGGGGCGGGGGAGGAGCUGUGGGGGGUGUGUGUGGGGCUGUGGUGGGCAGAGGGGGCUGUGGGGGGGGGGGAAACUGUGGGGGGGGGACUGUGGGGGAGAUUCUUUCCCCUACUGUGGGCCAACUCGGACAUUCAAACAGCUUUAGCGGGGGCAGCCAAACACGUGUAACAACAACGACGACGACAACGUGUGUACGUUGCACUUCUUUCGCACCGUACGUAGCCAGCCGUGCUCAUCGGAGGUGCGGGGAACAACUUCGGACUGUCACCGCGAGAGAGAGAAAGAAACACCCCUUGAAAUGACACAAACUGAGCGCAACGGAGAUUAGAAACGGAGUUGCCGCGAGUUUGAAUGCCCCCCCCCCACCCCCUCCCUCCCCUCUACCGCCCGAUUACUGCGACCAAGAUGCCGGCAGUGAUGGGAAAAUACUGCUCGCGGGUGACCCUUUCAAAGCGGCAGGCGUCUUCUCGUGUGGGUGACCACAAAUGGCCUGGUCGGACUGAAGUUGUUGCGUCCGGCCCACGCACUGGCUGUGGGGUUCCGCGUCCCUGACAGCACGUGCGCACCUUUGCUUGAGUGUCUUCUUUGAAAAAGAGAAUGGUGCGACGUGAUGGUAAGACUUGCGUCCUAGCGGACACGUUGGCUGGGCAAAGGGACGUCUCGACAGAUCAGACGGGGCCCAGACGAGUCCGGAGCCCUGGAGCGCGCUCGUGAUCAUCGGCGGCGGCGUCGUCCCACCACGAGAUCGGAGGCGACCCUCCGCACCCGCAGCGACAAUGGGGAAGUGGUCACUGACGCGUUUACUCUUCAUGAGCGGAUCCCCGGAUGUCUCCGUGCAGCUGUUCCGUCAGAGGCGACGUACAAGAGGGACGCGCGCACAGCGAAUCAGU